ACUGUGAUUGGUCAAUGUGUCUCCAUUCCAAUGUUUGUAAAUUGUGCUGCAGUGCGGAUCGCAACGCGCACUAUUAUUUUAAAUGUUAAUAAACAUUGCGUAUAUAAUUUGAAUUUGAAAAUUACUGGUUUUGGAAAAAGCGGGACAAGAAUUUCCACUACGCUGUUGGAUCAUCAGAAGCCAAAUAAGGCAUCGGGACAGAAUAUAAUGGUCUUUAUUGAGAUGGACGCCGGUAGUGCUUUGACGACGGCUGCAGCCAAAGGUAACACGACUGAGGUGCAGAAAAUACUGGAAGAGAGAAGAAUACAUCCUAACGCUCUUAACCAAUUUGGAAGAACCGCACUCCAGGUGAUGAUGAUGGGAAACUCACAAAUUGCCAGAUUGUUGUUAGAAAAAGGAGCCCAGCCCAACAUCCAGGACAGACAUGGAAUAGCACCAGUUCACGAUGCGGCUCGGACAGGCUUUCUGGACACUGUGGGGGUUCUGGUAGAGUAUGGUGCUUCGGUAAACAUUCCUGACCAGAGUGGAGCCUUGCCUAUUCACAUUGCCAUAAGGGAGGGUCAUCGGGAUGUAGUGGAGUUCUUGGCACCGCGGUCUGACCUGAAGCAUGCUAACACUAGUGGGCAGACAGCAAUAGAUGUGGCCCGAGCUUGCCGUGUACCCGAUAUGAUUGACUUGCUUUAUGCUCACAUUCAUUGUUAGUUACAAAUCCUGGUGCCUUCUGGGUAACCAUAACAUGUUUUGGCUUCAAACCUGGUGACUUGAAUUCCUAGCUGUGUAAAAGAUACUUUUUCUUUUUGGUAUUAGUUCAGCAUUAGCAUGCGACACAGGACAUAUUGUCUUGGCAGCUUAUUUUCUGUGGUUGGUUGUCUACACACAGUAGACACCUCUUUUGCACAGUGCAGUUUCGGCACCUUAUGUCUGUUUUCCCUGUUGAUAGGGAGUGCACAUCUGUAGAUAUUUCCCCACAUUGUUUUCAUAUUUUUGCAUUAUUUACAUUGUCUGUGAAUUGUAACAGUUAAUAAGAGUUAUGCAUUUUCUUUUUUAAAUAUUACAAACUUGAUAUGGUGCAUCCUGAUUGCUCGGCAUAGUUCUUCAUCUGAACUAGAUGUACUUAGAAUUUACCGUUAUUUAUUGUUGGAAUAGAAUUUAACAUUUCUGUGACUCUUGUUAACAGUGACAUGACGUAUUUAGUAAAGUUAUUUAUAUAAAUAGUUUUUAAAGAAAAGUUAGUCUUCACUUUACUAUUUGAAGAUCGAAAGCACAAAAUAAAUAAAGUCUUGAACUUGACAUUGUGGAGUCAAAGUUUGCAUUGGUACAGUUUGCUGUAUUUACAAUUUUUCAACACACCUGACAUUUGCUACGUCUUAAUGGCUAGUCCUGGUUCAUUAACAUUUUUGUCAAUUG